GGGGGGUGCAGAUGAAGGGUGGAUGAGGAUUUCCAGAACAAUUUGGCGCACGGGCAGCAUUGGUGCAACGGCCUCGGCCUGCCCGGCGCGCGUCGGCCAAGUUGCUGCGAGCUGUCCGUCCGCUUCCCCAGACGCCGCUGGCCCUGAUGCGCCUGUCCUUUACCGCUGUCGCCAUGGCCUGCUGAACCUCGACCUCCUCAAGACACUCUCCCCAGGACCCGGCGAGGCUGCAGACUCGGCACCAUGCCUGAAAACGAGAAAGCGCUGCGCUACAUUGCCCAGCUGGACGACGCGCGAUGCAAUGCCCGCUGGGACACCGUCCCUGAGCUGGCGCGCAAAAUUGAGAAACACGCCCCCCAUCGCACCUGCCUCUACCUGACGGCCAGAGCAGAGGCCGAGACGGCUGCCUACAUCAGGCAGCGUCCCACGACUCCGGAAGCCCCGUCGCCGCCACAGGCCCCCGACCUGACCAAGCUCGUCUCGCCCUUGACCGAGGCCUAUGACCGCGAAACCACCCAUCGCGAGGAUGCCUUUGCCGCGCAGGUCGCGCUGGCCUAUAUCCACUUUACCCUGGGCGAGCAUGGAAUGGCCGUUGCGAGGUUCCCCACCGACUUCUCCGAAACGGCAACCAACUUGAAGGGUGACGACGGGCAGCUGUCCAGCUGGACUCAGACUUGCAUUGUUAAAGGCGCAUACUUGAAAGGUUAUUCGCAGGAAAAAGCGGGCUCGACGGCCGAAGCAACCAAAACCUAUGAAUCGGUCCUAACAUAUCUUACUUCUAUACCCUCUCUUGUCAACACUUCUGUGCAGUUUAGAUCUUGGGGAGAGACCCUGUUGGCUCGCUUAUGUAUAUUCUCGGACCUUUCAGCGCCGACCGGCGCUGACGUCGAUCCGGAAAUCGCGCUACGAACAUUCCAGCUUUGGCUACGGCUCCUUGACAACGGCAAGGCUCCUCAAUUUAGCAAUGAGCUUCAAGAUGGCCAAGCCGGUAUUCGCCGCACUGUUUGGAAAGCUCACUAUAACACUCUCACUAUCAUUCUUCAACGCGGUCUUCUUUAUGCCGGCUCACCAGAUUUGCCCACCGCACUUUUGGGCGCAGGAGCGGAGCAUGCUACGGAAGAGCAGUAUCUGACGGCGAGGCUACAGCAAAGGUCAGAGCUUAAGAUUGUAGAGUCUGUGUAUGAAGCUUUACUCCUGAGAGAGACGCGCUUCCCAAAAGCCAGCGAAAACAAUGAAGAGAUGGACGGGUGGGCGGAGGCUGUAAUGAGCAACUGGCGCAUUCUUUGCGGCCCCAGCUGGACCGACGAAGAGCUUGGAGAGGGCGGGAAGAGCGCUGUCGGAAGGGGUGUCCUUGAUAUCCUUUAUCGUGCCGCCACUAAAUCGUAUCACUCCACUCGCAUCCUCCGUCACCUCUUCGUCGUUCACGCCUCGUUAGCCGAGUUCGAGCUAGCUUUCAAAGCCUUCGACUCUUAUGUCGAGAUCGUCAGCCGAGUUAAAGAUCGUGUCGAAAAGAGUGGUGAAGAAGAUGCCGGCCUGGACGACGAUGACAUGGUCCUUCGCACUGCAGCAGAGGCAAUUAGAAUCCUUUGCCGAUUCGGCUCGCACGAGGAAUCCGAAAAGGCAAAGGAGGUUGGUGAGCUGAUUGAAAAAUGGUUGAAGCAGCAAACCCCCGCGUCAAGGCCUGGCACGGCAACGGCUGAGGGAGAGCAUGAAAAGAAGACGGAGUCUGUUGUUUCGCCUCGUGCGCUUGCCAUAGCCUACCGUGCUAUUGGCAUCAGUCGCUCACAGUGGGCUAGAAUGACCUAUGAGGCCACGGCAAGAUCGACGUUGCAGGCACAAGCAGCCCAGGCUUUGCGUACGGCCCUGAGCCCAGAAUACAAAGACUCUAACAACCUCGAAACUCUGUAUGCCCUGGGUUUGCUCCUUGCUGAGAUGAGGGAUGUUAGCGGUGCGAUCAAGGUCGUCAAGCGCGCACUGGCGUCGCACUCCCAACCGGAUAACCUGAGGUCUGCUGGCGGCGUUGCCAGCGAGGGGGACACGGAUGACGAUGAAGCCAACUAUGUCCGCGAGAGGAAACUCAUCCCCCUGUGGCAUCUUCUCGCAUUGCUUCUCACGGCCAAAUCCGAUUUUUCCACGGCGGUCAGGACCUGCGAAGCGGCCUUUGACCAAUUCGAUGACCCUGAGAUUCUUUUCGGUAAGUCACAACAUGCCGAGUACCGGAGUGAGCACCUCAAUGAGAGCUCUACUUCAAUAGAGAAGCCGCGCGGAAGCACCAAAAAGGCUCUCGUCGACCGCAUGGCACCUUUUGAGAAGGAAGGGAUUCUGCAGGUCAAGAUUACGGAUCUGGUGUUGCUGGAAACGACCGACGGAACUACCGCCGCUGUUGAUGCAAGUAUGGAGUUGUUGAGCCUUUACAAAAGGCUCUUUGGUGAUCCCACAGGUGGUCACAAAAAGAUGCAGCUGCCAUCCGCAACAGACGGUGUACCGCAGAGCCCAGCUGGAACAGUCAAGGGCACCGUCUUCCGCCGGCGCAAGAGCACCUUGACGCGGAGUAUGUCGAUGCCGCCUGGAACCGCAUCUUCUCGUGCCUCGACGGCGGCUACAGAGGGACCCGGUGCUCCAGCUAUCCAUGUGACGGACACAAACAACAAACCAAAUGGCCACCACCAUUUAUUCCAUCACAAGCAUGACAGCACACACAGAAGAAGCAGCCUUACGCUACGGAAGAAGAAAACGAACGACUCCAACGUCACCGAUAAGCCUGGUUCUCCCGAAAAAGCGGCUACAGAGCCGGUUGUCGAUGGUCACGGAAGUGACAAGAGCUCUAGUCCCGAACAACCGCUUCGCACCAUUGCACACAACAUUCCUCACGAUUCACAGCCUCAACCAGCGGGCCACGAAAAUCAGCCCCCUCGCCAGGACGUCCGCCUUCCAGCCCCUUUCCCUCGAUUCCACUACUCGACACCCGAGCCCCGUUUCCCAGUGUUGCAAGAGCGGAAGCUUAAGAUUUCUCUUCUUGUCGACGUGUGGCUUUUUAUUGCCGGUCUCUACACUCGGGCAUCGCUUUUUGAAGACGCAAGAGGCGCGGUCGAAGAGGCUUACAAGUUGACUGAUAUUCUGGAGUCUGAAGUUGCUCAAGAAUCCUCGAGCGCCAGGGCCUUUUCCGAGAGGGGUUGGGGUGGUGGAAAGAGCGUUGAGGAACUUUGGGCUGAUAUAUACGCUACACGCGGCCAAAUAUCACAAGCAGAGGGCCAACCACACGAGGCCCUCACUCACUUUGAGAAAUCGCUGUCUCACAACCCCGAUCACCCAGCGGCCAUUGUCGGCCUGGCCAACAUUCUGCUUGACAUUUAUUCUCAAGUGAUCCCCGCAGAGCCACUCGGAUCCCUCAAAGUGCCAAACACUCGGCCGUCUCCAAACAAAAGAGCAUCCACCGCGACCACCUCCGCUUACAGCGCAGGGCACGCGAAGAUGGUAGGACCGGAGGAACUAAACCGGCUUGCAGCAAGAGACCGAGCAUACAGUCUUUUGUCUUCUCUCACCAAGCUCGGAACCGGGUGGGAUUGCUCAGAGGCGUGGUACGCUUUAGCACGGGCAUACGAAGAAGGCGGCCAGAUCGACAGAGCGAAGGGGGUGCUGUGGUGGUGUGUGGAGCUUGAGGAUACUAAAGCGUUGAGGAAGUGGAGCUCUGUUGGUGUCGGUGGCUUUGUGCUGUGAGGGGUCAUUGGGGAUCGAGAUACCCAUCGUAAGUUCAGUAAAAUACGAGCGCCUCGAGUACUUGCAAACAUCAAGCAUAUUAAUAACAGCACUUGGUAUUAUCUUUGGUUAACUUACCUCGUCCAGCGCAGUAUUUGUGCGGCUUCUUGUUCAUUAUGUCAUUUGUAUUUUGCUGUGUCCUUUAUUUUGAGCCACUUUCCCAGAUGUCAAGACUCUUUCCCCGCAACUUAUGCUCCUCGUAAUCCCUCUUGCUUCUCCUUACCAUGCAACAGCGGAGAUCGUUCUCGGAGAUCUCCCCAUACAUGCAUACAUGAGGAAACUCUUGCGCAACUCAAAGUGAAGCACUUCAGUACUGACUGU